CAAACUCAACCUCGAGAAGCAUGGCUGCGUGCGCAAGGUCUCGACAGAGGCAAAUCUCUUGCGCCGACAAUAUCCGCCAACGGUGGACCUGAGACCGCCAUGACCCAAUGCAAUUAGAUGUGAUUAGUCAAGCUCACCACGUGUGGAGUUCCUUAUCCUAUGUAACUUGGGGUCUUUACGAGAUUCAAGCACCCAUUAUCAUACACAAAAAAGGAAUAGAAAAGGAACAAAUUCUCUGUCUCUCUGUCUCUAUGUUUCUCUCCUAAUGACUUAUGUAGGCACAUGCCUGUUCUCCUUAAUGCAGGAGUGAAGUAAUUGGAUCGAGCUUUAUCACAGAAAAUUGAGGCAUUUUUUGUUCUUGGAUCAUAUGAAUGGGAUCCUUUGUUAGAUGUUAGCAGUCUGCAAAAUUGAGUUGCCUGACUCUCCUGUUCUGUGCACGCGAUAAACACACGUUGGGAAACUACGUUUAUGUGGUGCCUCUGACUAUGUGAGUUGCAUUUCAGAGACGAUAGACAAAAACUAUCAGAUACUGGAGUCAGCUGUCAUGCUUUAUGAGCAGUGUUACACGAUUUCUGAGUUGAGCUUCUGUCAACUUCUUCACUAAUCUCUCUCCUUUUCCUUUGCUCUGCUUUUUUUUUGGGGGAUUGGGGAUGGCCCCGAACAGAUGAUGAGACUCCAUUCACUUAUAUUGAAGGAACUGGAAAAGGGCCGAAAGAAUGGGGCCAGAUCGACCCACGUUGGCAAGCAUGUGGCAUGGGGAAAUUGCAAUCUCCUAUUGAUCUGCUCAAUGAGAGAGUGCAAGUCUUUCCAAAUUUGGGGAAGUUGAAAAGAGACUAUAAACCGGCUCCUGCCAUUGUGAAGAACAGGGGACAUGAUAUCACAGUAAUGUGGAAAGGAGAUGCAGGGAAGAUCAACAUAAACGGUACUUACUACAACCUUCUACAGUGUCAUUGGCAUUCCCCCUCCGAGCACACAUUUAACGGAUCAAGAUAUGACUUGGAGCUUCACAUGGUCCAUUUAAGCUCUCACGGAGAAAUAGCUGUGAUUGGGAUUGUCUACAAGUAUGGCCGACCUGACCCUUUCCUCACAAAGCUGCUUGAACACAUAACAGUAGUCGGGAAGGAAGACACAGACUUGGGGGUCAUAAAUCCAGGGAUCAUCAAAUUCGGCAGCAGGAAAUACUUCAGAUACAUCGGUUCUCUCACGGUCCCUCCAUGCACUGAGGGUGUCGUGUGGACAAUAGUCAGGAAGGUGAGGACAGUCUCGAGGAAGCAAGUAGAAGCACUGAGAGAAGCCGUUCAUGAUGGAUAUGAAGCCAAUGCAAGGCCGACUCAGCAACUAGAUGGAAGAGCCGUCUGGCUAUACACUCCAGGAGACAAUGGAGGUGCUGCUUAGGUUAUAGCCAGAAUUUGACCCAUUAAAUAUUUUCUCAGCUUCAAGACUGUCUUUUAUUACCUUACCACUUGAAACAUUUGCAAUUAAGACAUACCGUUUCAUUCUGAUAAGUAGAUACAGAGACCAGGUGGGGGUGAAAAUAACAAGCUGUGCUCUCAGCGAAGGAAAGAAACGAAAAGUGAAAAGUGUGAUCUAUCCGAGCUUUUGACAUCUAAAAUCUACUCCCACACUAGGCGACGGAGAAAGGAAGAACUGCCAACAGAAAGGCCUCAUAAGUGAAGGUUGCUAAGCCGAAGUAUGCGGUAUCCUUCUCAAAUUUCCAUUCAAUUCCUGCAAUACGAAAUACCGAUUCAGUCUGGAAUUCCAGUGGACUGAGUACAUAAAUAUAAGAUUUGAGUA